CUCGUGCACGAUGAGUCAGACUUCCUCCCUAGUAAUUGACCUGAAAGGCGGACCCAGCGGUCACAUUGUAGACACAGAUCUACCUACUCAAUACUCCUCCAUUCCGAAUGAUUAUGUCGAGCACGACGAAGUGCCUGUAUCAGGCACCAAGAUUUGGCGUGCAGAGGAAACUAUCAUUGCCGCCGAGAGUCUCGGGCGAUCGGAGAGCGCCAUGGUGUCGAACGCUGAUGGCCGAUCAGAUGUCGAUACUGACAGCAAUAUCUCAUCUCUGCCAUCUACUUACGCUGGGCGCCAGCUGUCUCCAUGCGACUCGGGCGUUCCGCAGGAUGCGGGAAUCAAUUACAUUCAGUCUGCAUGCGAGCAUCAGUUCUCAGAGAUCAACGUAGCUUUAGCGACUCUCGUGCAGACCUCGAGCCAUCGCUCGAUUGAGAAAAGAGUUCAGAGUUCUCUGGUUACUAUACAAGGAGGUCAAGAUGUGGCGACAGGCCAACCUUGUCAACGCUCUUCUGCUGCGAAACUUGACAGCAACGAACUGGCAGAGUGUGCGCAGCAGGCUGUGGAGGGCGGAGGAGGCCGUCAUGAACUGGAAAGCGAGUUUAAGCUCAGCUCCACAGCGCAUUGUCAUUCUGUCAGGUUUGCCGAAUGA